ACACCAGCUUAUAACAAAAUGUUUAGUUUUACUAUCGAUUUGACUAACAAAUGUUUAAUUAAUUAAACUUUAUAAUCGGAAUAUUAAAAGUCAAUUCUUUAAUAAGUCAUGUCAAAGAUAGGGUUCACGGGCCGCAAUGACACAGAAAAAAAGAUUUUUUUUUUAAAUAUGGGCUCUUUAUUUUUAAAUACGUUUUAAGAGUAGCGCGAGCCUAGAUGAGGAGAAUGUUAAUUAAUGAUAAAUUGAUUAUUAUUUUUAAAAUAAUUCAAUAUGUUUAUUAUUUUAUUUGAACUUGGCCCGCCUACACGUUAUAAAUGUAUUAUAUAUAUAGCUCUUUCUAAUUUUGAGACCCCUGUUAUAAACGUUUUUUGCAAUUUAUUCAUAUCGCGCAUGCAACUAAUAUUCUUCUUACUAUUUUUAUUAAUGUUUCCUACCGAAUAUAAAUAUUAUAGGCAGAGUACAUCAAUAGAGUACGUGAUAGAGGAUAUGCGUGAACAAGACGCGGACACGUAUCGUUGUGUGGCGCAUAACAGUGCUGGCGUUACUACUGCCGAUACUCAUCUGCAGCUAACAGGUGAUAACCAGAAUUGUAUCUAUCAUCAUCAUCAUCGUCAUCAGUCCAACGACGCCCACUGCUGAGCAAAGGCCUUCCCCUAGAUUGUACUUAUGGAUUUUAAAUAAAAUUAAAGGUGCGUUUUGAAAGCCCAGGUCCAAAAAAUAAUCGAUUUUUGUUGUAUCUCGGUUAUUUUUAUUUUUAACAAUGAAUGUUGGUUCAUAAAAAUAUUUUGGCGAAUCAGUCUCUUUUUCAUGUAGAUUUCUUUUAACAACUAUCAAAACCAUUAAUUUAAUAUGUAAAUAAUAAAUUAAGAAUAUGAUUUAAGAAUAUUAACAACAUAUUCAUUGUAAAAUAUGUGUAUAAAAAGUUGUUAUAGCUAUGGCAUAGUUAGAGUUGGGCGGUUCACUUUUUAUUUUUUUUAAUAGAUGGAUGAAUCAAUGAAUGGAUUCAUUUUUAAUGGGAAUCAGGGGAUUUCAAUUACAGUAUAAAAUGCAAAUU